AUGACCAAAACUCAAGCGUACUUUGGGCCCCACAUACAAGUAUACACGAACGAGACUAACUUUAAAGAGACUCCUGUGGGGUUUUUAAGACCUGUUAAUGAUCUUCAACAAACAAUAAAACUACUGGAAAAACGUGAUGUACCAAAGAUGCCAGAAAGUCCAGUCACGCUUAAAGCAUCUAAAUCACCAAAAUCAUCUAAAUCCAAAAGUCAAAUAGAACAAGAGUUCCUAUCAAUACAGGCGCGUGCUUUGGGUCAAUUAAAAUCUGCUCUUAAAACAGCCUUAGGCAGAUUUAAUAAAAAACCGCCAAAGUUUCAAAAUAAAGAUGAUUACAUGAUUAUGACUCAUGUGACAUCUUUUUUUGAAAAAGCAAUUUAUAAUCUGCAAGGUUAUUAUGAGUACAAAAGUUCUCCCAAAGCCUUGCAUGUAUUUGGAGGAGUUCCAACUGUGAAGACAGGAUUACUAACUAAUUUAGAUAUUACUUAUAAGGAAUUUGGCUCUGCUUCAUCAUCUCGAUCUAAUAAACAAUUAAUUAUGUCAAAUGAUGUUGUUGCUUCAUCAUCUCGAUCUAAUAAACAAUUAAUUAUGUCAAAUGAUGUUGUUGCAUCAUCUCAGCUUAAUGAUGUUGUUACUUCUUCAUCUCGGCUUAAUGAUGUUACUUCAUCAUCUCGACUUAAUUCAAAUGAUGUUGUUGCCAUAUCUAAAAAAGGUAACAUAGAUUCUCCCCAAACUAACAAAGCAUUGAUUGGAAAUGCUCUAAAAUUUCCAAUCAUAAUCGAAUGUGAUGAUGAUCGAGAUUUCCAAAGUGGUGAUAGAGAAUCUCCAAUCGUGUUAGAUAGUGAUGAUGAAAAAGACCUCCAUUUAAAGAGAAAAUCUUUACCAAAUGACUGUGACAAUGGUGUCGGUCCUUCUAAUAAAAGACUUAGAAGCGUGAAAGUUGAAAAUGAUACCUUGGGAGAUUUUAUUCCUCUUGAACCCAUCACGUUAUCAGACCUUAAUACACUGCAACCUGUUUUUCUUCGUAGUACUCAAAAUUUUAACGGAAUUUAUGCAAGUAAAUCUAUGAAGAAGAAGCAAAAAGCUGAAUUAAACCAGUUCAUUGAUUCAAACAGACUCAUUAAAGGUAUCACCAAUCUGAGGACUGAUUUACCUCCUAUUCCUCCGAUAGAUGAUCCGUGCUUUGCGACGAUGGCGGUCGGUUAUCAUUCUCACAAUGAUCAAUGGGAAACUCUCGAAUUCCUUGGCGAUAGAGUCUUAACUUCUUGCCUUUUGAAAUUAGCAAAGAGUCGGUACAGUACAAAAUAUUGUACAAAAGAAAUCAGUAAAAGUGUUUCAGUAAUGGCCACCAAUAAAAUUUUGGCGGCAUAUACUAUAACACUUGGUCUCCAAAAACUUAAUGGUAUGGAUUUUCCAGUAAUCAUAAAGCUUCAUGCUGAUGCUUUUGAAGCAUACUUUGGAGCAUAUUAUCUAGCAUGCGGGGAAUUGGCAACUUGUUUAUAUCUCGAGUGCCUAAUGACCCCGCUGUUCGAUCUUAUUGUUGCUCAUAUCGCAUCUGGUAACAAUAUUACAAAUACAUGCGAUAUAGCCUCAAAGUACUUUUCAAUGCCAUGGAUUCAUGGUGUUACUCGUCUUCAACGGUAA